CUGCGCUGUGGUGGAGGUGGUGUUCGCAAAGUGCUGCUGGUCCGGCUGACGGCCCGAUGAUAGCGCCGAGGAGGUGUUCGCACCAUGGGCACCGGGGAUUACAUCUGCGUUACGCUGCGUGGUGGCGCACCCUGGGGGUUCUCCCUGAGGGAGGGAGAGGGGGACACCUCCAGACCUUUCUUAGUCUCCCAGGUGGAAGAAGGGAGUCGUGCCUUCCUAGCCGGAGUGCGGGAAGGCGAUGAGGUGGUGUCUCUCAACGGAGAGCCGUGCGCCAAUCUCCUUUUAUCACAGGCCUUCACACUCAUCGACACAUCGAUCGACUGUCUGCAGCUUCUCGUCAAAAGAUACUCCACCACCCCUCCAGGAGAAGCUGAAUCAGAAGAGACGGACUGUGGUGGGAGGGACUCCACUGAUGAGACUUUAAAGAGCACCACCCUACACAUCUUUACCGCUAGGCACGGGUCACAAAGCCCAAGGGAUGAGGCUUACUAUGGGGAGUUGGGCAUUGACACAGAGGUUCCCAAGGGACCCAAGCUGCUUUACACCGAGCUACAUGUUCCAUCAUCUGGUAACGGGAGAGGAAGGGGGCACGACUUUCAGGAAAAUGAUGGAGAAGGACUGCAGCGCUUCUCGCCCGGGGCCGUGGUGGAGUUCCAGGUGUCCCUGUCCAACCAAACUCUGGACGAUGUCGGUUUCACCUCUCUUGGGAGUGCUCAUGGGAUAGACGGAGAACUCUCAAACAAAGAAGCUGUUGAGAUGAUCCGCCCCGACACAGCAUCACACCCUGUUCAGUGUCCUCUCAGGCAGCCGCUCGGCCAGCAUGGGGUGGUGCUGGGCUCGCCUUCGAAGCUGGGACAGGUGGAGUUGAUUUUGCAGCAGCCAGCAGCAUCAGGAGCAGGGAGGGGCCUCCCGAGUGUGGGUGGCCCCGGGGUCGGUGGAAGUGUUGGAUCCCAUAGUGAAGGAGAAGAAGGCGGAGGGCAGUGCGAGGGAGUUCCCGGGUCUUUCACCGUCUCUUUUGAAAUUCCCUCAGAAGAGGCGACAGCAGCUGAAGAGCACGGCUCUGAUUCUGAGGGGGAUCAAGACAAACCCAACAAGCAUCGGGCAAGACACGCCAGGCUCAGGCGCAGCGAGAGUCUGUCUGAGAAGCAUGUGAAAGAAGUCAAGUCCAAAUGUAAACGCAUUGCUCUCCUUCUUACGGCUGCUCCGCCCAACCCCAACAAUAAGGGGGUGUUGAUGUUCAAGAAACAUCGACAGAGGGCCAAGAAAUACACACUUGUAAGCUACGGCACGGGGGAAGACGAACCAGAGUACAGCGACGAAGAGGACGAGGAAAACGAGAUAGAGAACCAAGAAACCCAUGCUGUUGAAUUUACCCUAGUGGCUCCAAACGGUUCUAAAAUAGACAAGCAUUUCCUCACUAAUGCCCACUCUACCAAAGGGGUGCUAACUAUCAAUUGGGACAACAGCCUCCUUGAGAUUGAAAGGAAGCUGAACAACCAGGCACAGAUGGAAUGUUUGCCUGAAACCAAGGGCAAGGGUGCCUCAAUGUUUGCCCAACGGCGUCAAAGGAUGGAUGAGAUUUCUGCUGAACAUGACGAGCUGAGGCGUCAGGGGAUUCCCGUGGAAGCAGUGUCGGUGGUUAAAGAGAAGAGAGAAGACCACUCCUACACGCAAUCCACAACAGAGGGCCAUGCUUACAUGGAUGUAAAUACACACCAACAAGGCCAACAGCAACAAAAUUACCAACAAUAUCAGGAACGGCAGUACUAUGAGCAACAACAGAACUACCAACAACAACAUCAACAACAGUACCAACAGCAACAGUAUGAACAACAGCAUUAUCAACAACAGCAUUAUCAACAACAGCAAAUGUAUCAGCAGCAGCAGCAGCAGCAGCAGCGAGAAUGUCACCAAGAGCUACAGCAAAUGCAGAACUAUUCUUCAAACACUAAUGGCGUAGUCCAACAUCAAACCAGUGAAAUGCAGGGUUCUUUCAACAACCGUACUGCAAAGCCAUUCUCAGUAGAAAACAUCCCGGCUACCCCUUAUUCUCCCGCAAUGAGUAGGGCCAAUCAAGAUAUUGUGAGUCAAGGAGAGCAGAUAGCUUCCCGGGAUGAGCGCAUUUCUACCCCUGCAAGCCGGACUGGUCUUUUGUCGGACUCAAGGAGACGAAAUGCAGGAAAGCCUAUGUUCACAUUUAAAGAAGCACCAAAAGUAUCACCUAACCCAGCACUGCUUAACCUACUUAACAGAAAGGAUAAGAAGGGAUUUGAGUCAGGACCUGAGGAAGACUACCUUAGCCUUGGAGCUGAGGCUUGUAAUUUUUUGCAGUCUCAACAAAUUAAACACAAGACACCUCCACCAGUAGCCCCAAAGCCUGUGAUCAACCCAAACUCUCCUCCUUGGUCACCACAGAUGGAAGGGACCAACGAGGACAUGCCUCAACAAGCUGAAAAUAGUGUAUCCACACCUGCUGUGGCCCCCACCACAGAGACCACCCCUGCUCCAGAACCAGAGCCAACUUUAACACCUGCCCCUGAGCUCUCCACCCCCGCCAUCCCCCAGGCAACUCCAACUAGAGCCACCACAGAGGGACAGCACACAUGGACUCCCCCGGAGCUUGAAUCUCAACAGCCUCUGCAAGUGACAGCUCAGGAGGAAAAUAAUCACGCAAUUUCUACCCUGCAGCCUGAGCCUGCUCCUGUUCCUAGCUGGGCUCCAGCACAAACCCGAGUACAACAGCAGCCAUCUACCAGUUCUUGGCAAGCAGCUCAAGCGCAGCCCAUGGAACCACCUCAUAGCCAGUCCCCACCACAGCCCCCUUGGAUCACUCGACAACAUUGUCAAUCCCAAGCACAACCUCAACCCCUCACAGAUACUUGGACCCCUCAAAUUCAGCCAUCCUGGGCUCCGCCUCAAGGGCAAGCACAGGCCCAGACCCAAGCUCAGCCAUGCUGGAACCAGCCUCAAGAGCAACCACAGUCUCAAGCACAAGUUCAGCCACCCUGGGUACACUUGCAUGAGCAGCCAAAUCUGCAGCAAUUGCCACCAACUUGGGGUCAAUCUCAGGAAUCAAUGCAGCAGCAUCCCCAAGCCCCAUGGCCACAGCCAUCACAAACGGACUCUCAGCAUCAACCACCAUGGGUACAACAACCUCAGCAAAAAGCCCAAGCACAACCUCCAUGGGCUCAACCGGUUCAGCCAGAAUCCCAGCCACCACCACCCUGGGCUCCUCAACCACAGCAUCAGACUCCACAACAAACAUGGCCACAGGCCCCAGCGCCAGGUCAGCCUCAACCACCGUGGGUCUCAGCUCAGCCUCAACAUCAACAGCAACCAUCAAUCAAUGCAUGGCCUCCAUCAAAAACUCAAGACCAAGUUCAGCCCCCUUGGAUCCAAGCAGCCCAACCACAACCACCGGCGCAACCUCAGGCCAUUUUAAACCCAUGGCUGCCAGUACCUGCCCAGGCUCAGUCACCACCGUCAUGGGCCCAGCAACCUGUAAAUUCUUGGGCUCCACAGCAAAAUCAGACCCAACCUCAACCACCUUGGGUACAACCACUUCCACCCCAGCAAGCACCACAGUCAAACUGGCAACAAUCCACUUCAAAGCCUCCACCACUGCCACCAAUGAAUGCAUGGCCUCCACAUCAGGCACAACCUCAGGCUCCUGUAAAUACUUGGGCACCACAGUCACAGCAAGAGCCUGUGAAUGUUUCCUCGUCAAUGGUGAACACUCGUCCGUCUCCAAAACCAUGGCAAUCACCACAAAAUAUCCCACAGAACCAGACCCCUCCGCCUCCGCCUCAGCGAAUGCACUCUUUAACCUUCGGUCAAAGAGUUUCCCCACCCAUCAACCCAAUGGCCACUGUCCUAAACCCAUCAUCCCAAGGUUCAGCUUUUGAGAUGCCAGCUGUCAGGGGGAAAGGAGCCGAUAUGUUCGCGAAGAGGCAGUCUCGUAUGGAGAAAUUUGUUGUGGACUCUGAGACUGUGCAAGCAAACAAGACUAGCCGGCCGGAAUCGCCAGCAGCUUCAUUACCGAAUGAGUGGAAAUAUACACCUAACUUACAUGGCAGGAGCUACUCCCUUUCCCCACCAGUCACAGUACCGUCUUCUUCUCCCAAGCCCCCGGCUACAGCCCUCGCAGGACGACAGGCGUCAUGGCCACACAAAGGCCGCAAACCCCUUAUGCCCUGGGAGGCCGCCUCCCGCCAUCCCCUGGGCCUGGUGGAUGAAGCCUUUGCUUUCCAGAACCUCCAGCAAAGCCUGGCGACAAACGUCCGCAUGGCAGCCCAGCGCAAAAUGUUGCCUGAGCCGCCGGCAGAGUGGAAAGCCAGGGUGUCCUACGACGCCCGGCCGAAGACAGGCAGCCAGACUUGGAGGCCGAGCCAAAGCGGCAGUCAGAGCAGAGCUCCGCUGCCGUCCUUUGGGUCCGCCCCGGCUCGUCACGUUGAUUACCGGUCCCUGCCCAGACAGUGGCAGCUUCAGAGGUCAGUCACGCAGGCAAACCCGAGGCCCCCAGUGUCCUGCUCUGAGUCCAAGAGGCCCGCGGGAGAACAGACUUACAAGUCUGCGUACACCAGCAACACUUGGAGUUGGAGGCGGUAGAACACAACUCAACCAGUGUGAUAAGAAAACUCGUUUUGCUGAUCCCAUAAUAAAUUGAGGAACGUUUCAUUUUUUAACUGAUAUUAUAACAAACAAUAACAUGGUGAGUGAGCUGGACAGAUUGCUAGAAUGAUUGUGGUUCUCUGAUUUACUAUUUUUUCUUUUUGCUGUUGAAUACAAAUAAGUGUAAAAGAUUAAGAUGAAAUCUAAUGAAUGCCAUAAUCAAAUGUGAAAAGGGAUGAUUACUCUUACAACAUAUGAGUAAUUAACGAAUUAUCUCUAAAACAUUCAAAUGACAACUUUGUAGUUUGGUAAGUACUCGGAAGUUGGCCUGUACGAUGAGUAAGAUGUAAGUCAGAGUAAAAUGAUGUUGAUUCAAAUGAGGGAAUAGACAGGUUUGGGAAGAAUAGAGAAAUGAUUGAUUAUAAAAUAACAGGAUAUCUGGAGACAACUGUAACUGUUGACUGUUAAGCCUUCAAAAUGUAGGACACAGGUUUAUUACAAUAUCCUAAGAAAAGAUGUUUCUGAGGAUGCUAAAAGGGAGAAAGAAACAGUGACCCCAAUUGUUUUAAGUUUGUGAAUUUUUCUCUUGGUUAAAGUUUCUGCCGCGGAUGUGGUGUGUAUUUAGCAUGCAGUGAUUGCACACUUUUUUUUCAAUCAAACAAAUGAGGACUUUUGCAGUGUUUCCAGUUGAGCAAAUAAUUCCACCCUCAUUCAAUUAUUUAUGCAUUAGACAUGAGGCUUAAAAGAUGAAUGCUAUGACUCAGCAUCUCUAAUAACUUUUAGCAGAGUGGAGGGCCCAACAAUACACUUAUUUUCCAGGUGCAUUUUAAUUAGUGCAUUAGAACACCACUAACUAAAGAUUGGGGUUUUUUUUUGGGGCACCUAAACUGAAUUGGCCCAUUACACUCAUAGCUAGAAUUGACCAAUGUUGUUUAGUCCUAAUUCUGAAUAGAGUGAAAUAUAAAUCUCGCUGGUAGGUCUUGGGACUGGGAGAAUUGCUUGUAGUAGGUAAUGAGUUUGUGAUUAGCGUUUGGUUUGGGCUUUCUGCAUAGACUCCAAAGAUUAGAGCAAAGUUUGUGUUCCCACAGAGUAAAUAAUAUCCCAAUGUGAUUCUCACCAAGCGAUCUUAUGAACAUGAAUAACAUUCAGCACACGUCGUCGUGUUUUGCCUCAUCUGACUCGGCAUCCUGACACAUAGUGUCUGAGAUGGUUAUACUGCAUUGCUUCCAUUCAGACAGCACUUAUGGUCAUAAUGUAACACCAGUAAUUAAUUUCUGCUCCAAACUAUUUCAGAUAUGGAUUCUCAAAGCCUUUUGAAAAAUAAACACAAGCAAAUAGAAUUGGUUCACAAAUUGUACAGUGUUUUUGUGCUCUUUGCUCUCUAUUCCUAUUAUUUCAUGCUUGGCCCUGGGCCACAAGAUGCUUGCUGUGCCAUCCCAUGAAGCUAUUUGUAUGACGUGUUGUCUUGAAGAGUCACUCGCUCCGUAUCCAGCGGAGGGGUCUAGGGAGGGGUUGGUGGGGGCUUGUUCCUAUGGUGACCACCAGUUACAUAAUAACAGUGCGUACCUACUGUAGCAGAACUAUGGAGAAUGAGACAUAAAGACACCGAGGGAGAUGACAAACAGAAAUCAUUUCCCUACCUGUUCAAAUGUCAAAAAUACUGUGAGGAUUUCAAACAUUAUUAAAAUGGUGGCACGCAAUGCACAGCACUUUGAAAUAUUUAA